GCUGGCAGCCGCGGCUUCCGGAGCCUCCCCGGCCGCUUGGGGAGCUUCCUCGGUCGUGCCGCUGGUUACCGGGGUCCUGCUCUUGUGAUGGCCGGGGCUGUCGCUAUGGAGACAGAUGAUGCGGGAAAUCGACUUCGAUUUCAAUUGGAAUUGGAAUUUGUGCAAUGUUUAGCUAACCCAAAUUAUCUUAAUUUUCUUGCCCAAAGAGGUUACUUCAAAGACAAAGCUUUUGUUAAUUAUCUUAAGUACUUGCUUUACUGGAAAGAACCAGAAUAUGCCAAGUAUCUAAAGUACCCUCAGUGUUUACACAUGUUAGAACUACUUCAAUAUGAACAUUUCCGUAAGGAGCUGGUGAAUGCUCAGUGUGCGAAAUUUAUUGAUGAGCAGCAAAUUCUGCACUGGCAGCACUAUUCUCGGAAGAGGAUGCGCCUUCAGCAAGCCCUGGCAGAGCAACAACAGCAAAACACAUCAGGAAAAUGAAAAGCUGGACUCAGAACAGGCUCUUAGGACAUGUACAUAUGACUUUUGUACAGAGAAGAUAAGAAGACUCUUCCUAUAUCUACUUUACUGUGAAAGCACCUAGAACCUUUAGUGUGUGGUUUAAGUCAAUGAACUUUUUAUUGUUAAUAAUUAUUUCUGUUAAAUCAGAAAUGUUCUUUGAUUU